GCCUCGCCCCAGGAUGCUCCGCUGGUUCGGCCGCCCCCGGCUCUGCCUCCUCCGGGCCCCGCAGCCGCCGGCAGGGCCCCGGGUGCCGAACCGCGCCGUCGCCGGUUCCGCCAGCCACAGCGCGACCGGGGGCACUUCGGUGACGCCACUGCCCCUCUCCUACGUAGUGUUCGACGGGCCUGCGCCACAGCCCCCACUCGUCUUCUUGCAUGGCCUGCUGGGCAGCAAGGGCAACUUCCGCGCCAUCGCCCGGGCCCUGGUGCAGCGGAGCGGCCGCAAGGUGCUGACAGUGGACGCGCGGAACCAUGGCGAGAGCCCGCACAGCCCCACCAUGAGCUACGAGGCCAUGAGCCUGGACGUGCAGCGCCUCCUGCGCCGGCUGCACAUCCCCAAGUGCGUCUUGGUUGGCCACAGCAUGGGCGGCAAAACCGCCAUGACACUGGCGCUGCAGCGGCCAGAUCUCGUGGAGCGCCUGGUGUCUGUAGACAUUAGUCCCACAGAGAGCGUGGCUGUGACAGAUUUCCCGGCCUACAUCUCUGCCAUGAGGAGAGUGAGCAUCCCAAAUGGAAUCCCCCGCUCCACAGCACGCCGGCUGGCAGAGGAUCAGCUGCGUCCAGCCAUCCAGGUGUCGGCGGUAAGGCAGUUCCUG